UUGAAAAAAGGUGUCAUCCUCCGUCAAAAAGUUAACAGGUGUCUUUCCACCCAAUGAGACGCAGUGUCAUCAGAGCUGAUUAGAAGCACCUGGUCCAGCCUCACGGUCUCGUUUGGACAGUUUGAACUUUACCCGUUGGUUAACUAGUCGAUCGCGGAGGAAAAUAUAGUUAGUGAAUAUUGUUAUACAGUUGUUAAUUAGUGAAUAGUAAUAGUAGUAAGUACUAAGGAGUAAGUAUUGAAGGAUGCAGAAGGGUUUGAAGAAGUACUUUGUGAACAUGGAUGAGUAUCUGGCCAGCCUCGGCCUGUACCGCAAGAUGCUGGCGCGAGACGCGUCCUGUUUGUUCCGCGCGGUCUCCGAGCAGCUGUACUGCUCCCAGCACCACCACCAGAAGAUCCGUCGAGAGUGUGCCAACUUCAUGAGAGCCAACCGAUGCAAAUUUGAGCCGUUUGUCCAAGGUUCAUUUGAAAAAUACUUGGAACGCUUGGAAGACCCAAAGGAAACUGCUGGCCAGGUGGAGAUCAAGGCUCUGUCUCUGCUGUACAGGCGCUGUUUCUGGAUUUAUCGAUUUCCGGGGAAAGCAGCGACAGUGAUCACAGAAGAGGAAUUUGUUGACAAGGUGAUUCUGUGUUGCUCCAACAACGGUCACUAUGACAUCGUUUAUCCUCGACAGUACCCCGCCAUCGCUGCCCUCUGCCAGUCCAUGCUGUAUGAGCUCCUCUACACGCGUGUGUUUGGGGUGGAGGAAGCUGAUCUGUGCCAGGCACUGGAGGCCUUCCGGGUCGGAGGUCGGCGCUAUAGAAACAGCCCUUCAGCCUGCAGCGACGGAGACCUGGGCUACGACACGCCAGAGGAUCCACCUCACAGGGAGGACUGGGACCUGGGGGGAUCUGGAGGACCGGCAGAAGACAAGACCAGAGCAACAGAAGACGGCAAGGGUACAGAGCAAGCCGGCCCGGGAGGCAGGCUGGCUCUGCCCUAUAAAGUUCUCAAGUCUCUGGACACGGAACUCUACAGAAACCUGGAGUUUGAUGUCUGGCACGACACCCGCAAAGAGAUGCAGAAGACGGACUACAUGGUGUUUGCAGGGAGACAAUACUUCCUGGGUGACAAAUGUCAGGUCCGUCUGGAGCUCAAGGGGAAAUACUACAAUGCCUUCAUCCAGGAAGUGGGAACUCACUCCUCUGCAGUGACGGUCUUCAUCGAGGAACUGGGAGAGAAACACCUGGUGCCACUGGCCAACCUGAAGCCAGUCAACCCAGUUCCUGCCUGGAAUGUUGUAACCACCCGUAAAGGAGACCUAGACGGGGAAAGCCGCACGCAGCGGCAUCAUCGUCACCGCUACUUCAGGAAGUCUCGUGGUGGCGGGAAGGGGGCGGAGCUACUGGUGGUGACCUCAUCAUACGGGGGGCGGCCCUCCUCCCAGACCACCCUCCCCCCCCGCUUCCAGCCCUCUGCUCCCCCUCGCCCAGGACUCCACCCCCCUCCAUCAUCUCCAGGGGGCAUGACCUAUGACCCCUACGCCCCUCACACAGCCAGACCUCCCCGCUACGGAGCGCCCAGAAGCUCCACGAGAUUUUUGAACCGUCACCUGAUAGGUCCACAGCUGGCCUACUACCACCCAGGAAGGCGCUAUUACCAUGGUUACGACAACUACGCCUUCCGCUCCCGGCGUAGCCGGCGUAGUCAGAUGAUGUCGUCCAUCAACAAGGACGGACAGUUUGGGUUCCCUGAAGGGGAGGAGGAGCAGGACGGAACCAUCACCUACUACCAGCUGGAGACCGGAUCAGAGGACAUGUUCCCUCCCCUGCCGGGGCAGACGGCUCCUCCCCCUAUGAUGGGUGCUCCCACCCCCCCCACCUCCUCCCCCUACUGGGCCCAGCGGGGGCCCAUGCCUGCCCCUCCUCCCGCUAAGCAUCAUGGGACUUCUUCAGAGGAUGACCAGGAAGACACCAGCACCGUGGAGGACCAGGCAGAGUACACUGAAGAGUAUCUGUAUGGAGCUCAAGAGUCUGGUUUCCAGAGCCCAGGGGUCUACACAGGGCCAGAGUCUACUGCUAACAUGAGUCUCCAGGAAGGAAACCACGCAGACUCUCCACCUGACACACUCACCAACUACACCUUCACCCACCAGGUGGUUAAAUCAGCUGUCAUCUCCUCUCCUUCAUCAUCAUCCUCCUCAUCCUCCUCUCACACGUCUCCAGCUUCUCACCUGCCUUCCCAGGGACACACACACACAGUUGCCAUGGCGAUCCCGGCUGCAUCUCAGUGGUUGGUCAACGAGCUGGGAGAGCCACUGAGCCCGCUGUUGUCUCCGCCCCCCUACUCCUAUGACCCCAACGGCAACGACCUUCCUCGAGACUGCAGAGUGUUGCAGCACUACUUCAACCUGGGAGUUCAGUGGUACCAUCAGAGCUGCUGGCAGCAGGCCUACACGCCCCCCCCGGACACCACCUACCACUACCAGACCUAUCCCUCACACUACCUUAGCCACGUCCACAACCAGGAGCCACGCCCCAUGCAUGAGUGUGAUGGUUCUGGUUUGGUCCCAGCAGGGGUCCAGUCAGCUGGGACGCAGCCGGUUGCUCCCUAUCCUGAAUCCACGAGGAACACCGGAGACCCUCAGGCAGACCAACACAGCGGCCCCACCCUGUCUCAUGACGGCUCCACUCCUCUGAGCCCUGUGACUCCAGCUCCACCCCUCCUCUACCAGGACCAUAACCCGCCCCCCCUCCUCCCCCUUCCCUAUGAGGCCACGCCCCCAUCCUAUGUCUCUGUCCCCCCGACGCCCCACCCCUCCUACCACCAGUAUCCAAUCAGCUGGGCUCCUGGGCCACGCCUCUACUGCGCUGCCCCUACUGCCUCCCACCUGGUGGGCUACGUCACCACCCCCCCACACCAGCAAUACAUACCACACAUCUAACGCCCCUCAUGACGUCUAACUCCCCCAAACUACAUGACGUCUAGAGUACACUUGGCCAUAAGAUGAGCACUGUUGAUGGCAGUACGCAUAGCACUGUCUAAUGUUAGCAAUACAAUAGCACUGUUAGAUUUAUGCACAUCACUGUAAUGUUAGCAUUACAAAUAGCACUGUUCAGGCCUUCAGGGUAGCACUGUAUAAUGUCAGCAUUACACAUAGCACUAAGUAUAGCACUGUAUGUUGGGAUUAGCCAUAGCACUGUAUCGUGUUACAACCAAACGUAACACUAUAUGAUUUUGGCACAAUUAUUUGUUGGGUUGGUCUAUUAGACCUGGUUAAGACACACGUGAUGGGCUCAUUGCUGUCAAUCAAGUGUCUGCACAAAUACAGGGUCAUCUGGUUGUUCUACAUGGUUCUCUUUCUGUUGCAUUGUUCAAUAACAUCUGUUGGGGCUGAAUAAAGAGGCACAGCUAACUCUGCUACCUCACUUCUUUCUCACUUUCUCUAGCUUGCAAUUCAGUCUAACAGGACUGCUCAUCCUCGUGCCCACUGCCUCCGUCCGUUGACGGAUCCCCGUUGACUUUGAAUGGGGACGGACGCGCAAUGCAUUGUGGGUCCGUGCGCUCUGUUGGAGCCUUUACCCCGACCAAUGUGUGUGCAUCACUUGGUUUGACAUGUUUAAAUGUGCCUCUAGUC